AUGCAGUUAAGACUUAAUGCGGGCGUUAGAAUAAGACACGCAAAAGGAGCCCAAAGCCAGCAGCAGCAGUUUAUCCGAAUGUCAUGUACGAAUCUUAAACGGCUGCUGCUCUUAAAAAAAAAACAUAUGCCCCACUAUCGACUUCUGAAACGCUUCGGCAGCAGCCGCGUGACUGGGAAGACGCAGGCGCGCCCCCGGCCUUGAGAAAAACCACACCUGUUGGGCUUCUGCCUGCGCGAGGCGGCCGUUAACCAGACGAACGCAGCGUGGGGGGAGGGGCGGGGCGCGAAGCGGGAGAGGUUGGCCGAGGAGCGCGAGGGCCGGAAGCGAGACCGGGAAGGGCUCCCGCCGAUUCCUUCGGGGGAAAGGACAGACUCCUCCCCCGGCGGGCUCCAGGCAGCGGCAAACCGCAGUAGGAAGCGGCCUGGCCUGAGGAUUAGGAGAGGAAGCGGGUAUCCUCCGCCCGGCGGGGCCCGGCCUCCCUCUCCCUCAGCGGAGCCUCGUCAAGCGCCAGGGGACGCGGGAGCCGCCUUUCCCCUCACGCUUCAAAGCCCCCCCCCUCCCGCCAACCACAAUGCCUCCUCCCAUUGGAAUCGCCCAACGCAACCCUCCCCUCCCCCGGCUAAAAUAUUCACUCACCCUCCAACCGGAAGCAGGAAGAGGGUAAAGGAAGUCCACACACCCACUCCGUUUCGACUCUGUUGUCUUGAGCGAUCAUAGAGGGUGCAGUCGGCUAGAAAGGUCAGUAGCAGAUCCUCGCCGCAAGAUUUAUUGUCAUAUGCAAGCUGUAAAUCGCCCCGCGGUCUGGAGACGGAACUUCCGGGUUCCCGUAGACCCGAUUCGCCUUCCUCCGCCUCCCGAGAGCGGUAGUGAGAGCUGCCCAUAGAAAACUGUGGAGAAGCGAGGUGGGGGUGUUUAUUUGUUGCUUAGAUUAUGAGACCGUAGCGUGUCCACCAAGAAACAAAAAGCAUUAGGUACGGUGCUUCUCACUCGCAAGCUUUGUUUCAGGUGCAAAAUGUGCACAUGGCUUAUUUAAGGCUGGCUCUGUUGCGGCCAACGGUCCAUUAUCUCCGUGUUGGAGGUGGCUAGAAGAGUGAGGGCUGAGGCAGGCUUGGGUUUUCAGUCUUCCAUACAAUACACCUCUCAGGUUGGAGCAAAGGCCUAAACCCGCUCCCAGCCACGAUCCAAUACUUAAUUGCGCGUGGAAGCCUUGCCCUCCAUAGUCUUGUGUUUAUAACUAAAAAAAUCCAAUAGAAUUACAAAGUUUUUGACGCAAAUAAGAUCUGGGUUACAAAGAACACGACCCUCCUGCUUUGGAGCCAGUGUGGUAUCGGACCAGGACAUGGGAGACCAGGGUUCAAAUCCCCACUUGGCCUCGAAAUUCGCUAGGUGAUCUUGGGCCACUCAUAGCCUCUUAGCGUAACCCACCUGUUUGUGGGGAUUAAAUGAGUGGGGAGCCACGUGCGCCACUUUCAGCUCCUUGGAGAAGGUGAACCAUAAAAGCAAUCAAUUAAUAAUCAAUCGUUUGACAAGGUGGAGAUGGAGAAACCUAAUUGCCUCCCUGCUGGAUCAGGCCAGUGGCCCUUCUUACUCCAGCAUCGUGUCCUCAGAGUUGCCUGUCAGCUGCUUCUAUGGGAAGCGCGCCAGCAGGACUGGAGCGCAGUGUUACCCAGCAAUCCUCAAAACACGCUCUGCUGCGUCUGUCUUUCUCCAUGGUUUACUUACGGGCAGCUUUCUCUUCCACACCCCCUGUAGUUUGUGGGGGGAAAGGAAUCGGGAAGUGUGAGUGUCCGACUGUUAGAGCAGCUGGCUACCGUUAGAGACACAUACAGUAUAUAGCUCUGUGUUGAAUCCGCAAGAGCGGUCACGUGGCUAGAGGCGGGCCUGAGCCGCCAUUGCUUUGUGGGGGUUGCUGCGUGUGGAAGGGGGAAUGAAGGCAGCCAGAGCGGAAUCUGGAGCGAGGAACUUCCGGGGAAGGGCGGUAGGUUCGCUCCGCGCAGUAGCGAAGCGCUCGCCAGCGGCGUCCUUUCUUUCCCGCGCCCUGAAUGGGACUCCCGCGAGGCGGGCGGGGCACGUCUCUCUCGCGCGCUUUUGGAGGAGAAGGAUGCUCGGCAUCCAGAGAGGGCUGGGGUUGGUUUGCCCCGUUGAGCUCCUUUCUGGUGAAUUGUGCCUGCGGUUGGGUUUGCGCACCGUUUAAAGUCCCUCCGCAUCCCCGCCGGUUGCGGAGGCAGAGACUGGACCCAAUAAAUCAACACAACAGCAGCAUUUUAUAAAUUGCCAAGCGAUUUUCUUUUUUAAAAAAGACGCUCCCGUAUGUUAUACACACAUACAUGCAAAAUUCGUAUAGAAAUGUAUAUCCCUGGGGACCCUUUCAGCAGGUUUACAAUCUGAAUUUACACACAGCACAAGACAAGUAAAUAAAUAAAUCAGGAUAGGGUUCGCAGGAUAAGCUACUCUUGAUUUCUUUCAAAAAGCAGGGAAUCACAAAGUCCUUUUGUCCCUAAACCUGGCCACAAGGUGUAAUGCAGAAACGUUACAACAAAUCAAAUGAUUUAAAGUCUACUGUUUGCUUAUAAUACCAUAGAUAUUUGUAUACAUACAUACAUAUAUACACAAAUAUGUCCGGAAAGGGUUCCUGUAGUACCUCAAGGAGAUUUCAACAUUCUUUGUUAAUAAGCUAGAUGUUAAUUAUUCUAAAUCUUAUCAGAAGCACCACACCAACACUUGCAAAGGUGUAGCUUGAGCAGAUGUAUGAGUAUCAAAAAGUUCCCAACUGAUUUCACUAGUUUAUAUCUAUAUUUUGAAUCAGGCUUCAUGCUGUUUUACCAUGGUAUAAGCUGGGCAGUUAGGUAUACCUUCUACUGUUCUUAUGACUGUGCAUUUAAAAUGUAGCCUAAAAACAGCAGCAGAAUGUUAAAUAGCCAUGGCAGAUAUCUUUGGAAAAAGAUUUCCCCGAGUGCUACUUUGUGCUGUGCAAACUGAAAUUCCUUUUAUUCAUAAAUAAAUUCAUUAUCUUGGACAUUGUAGUAAAUGAUGUAGAACACCUGUUAUAGAAGCAAGUGGUGAAAGUAAAUAAGACCAUUUAAGUUGAAAGAUAAGACAAAGCAAGGCAAACCCAGCUGAGCACAGAGUGGCUCGAUAGCAUUAAGGAUCAUGAUAGAAUUUAAAUUCUUCUAUAAGGAGGAAGGAUACCUGAAAAUAUUUUAAGGAUUUUUAGCCUAAACUUUUUGAUUUAAUUGUGAAAGCAUGACCCCAUGUGUAUUUGCUAUUUACUCUAAAGUAAUCCCUCUUCAGUCAAUGGGAUUUCACCUAGGGUCCUAGCCUUACAAACACUUACCGGUAAUUGAAUUUUUCUUAGCUUGGGGAACUUGUGGCUUUCCAGAUGUUGGAUUCCCAACUCCCAUCAGUUCCAACCAGCAUGCCCAGCAGACAGGGAUGAUGGGAGUUGUGACCCAGCAACACCUAGAAUCUCAAAGCAAUACUGGAACCAGGAGCACCCUGAAAGUAUAAUCCUUGAGUCUGCAGUGGGAGUGAGAAACCAUCCAAACUAGGCUGGUUUCCUUUUCCUGGGCAAACUGAUUUAUUGGCUAGGAACACUUCUCUCAUGUCUGGAUCAAAUAUGCACAGAAUUGGAUUGCAUACGGAUGUCCAGUGUGUAAAUGUGUUGUGGCAGAAUACAGGGUAUGUUACUUGACAUCUUGUUGUGAGCAUUUCAUAAGGAAAUUGUUUGGGUUGUAUCUGUUAAGCUAACUGCAGGAGAGGACUACUAAGAGAGUGUUAGUGUGACUUGUAAGUACUCUGGUAGUUGCUGUAUUCCCAUAAGCUUGGGCAAGAAAAAGCGACUAUCAAAUUUAAUAAAUAAAUAAAUGAUAAUGAUAAAAUAUAAGGGUGGUGAUUUACUCAGCUUUACCCACCAAAAUUAAUCAACAUGACUAAUUAAAGUUCAUUCAUUUCAAAUGGUAAAAAUUAGUUGAAUACCACCCCAGGUUUUCGCCGACUGACAAAGAUGUAUUCAUUAAGGUGAACUGAUGAUGGUCAGGGCAAAAAGUACAAUCCAGUCUUAAAUUUUUUAUAUUCAGUGGUACCUCGGGUUAAGUACUUAAUUCGUUCCGGAGGUCCAUUCUUAACCUGAAACUGUUCUUAACCUGAAGCACCACUUUAGCUAAUGGGGCCUCCUGCUGCCGCCGGAACAGAUUUCUGUUCUCAUCCUGAAGCAAAGUUCUUAACCCGAGGUACUAUUUCUGGGUUAGCGGAGUCUGUAACCUGAAGCGUAUGUAACCCGAGGUACCACUGUGUGUGUAUAUAUAUAUAUAUAUAUAUAAAGGUAAAGGGACCCCUGACCAUAAGGUCCAGUCGUGACUGACUCUGGGGUUGCGGCGCUCAUCUUGCUUUAUUGGCCGAGGGAGCCGACGUACAGCUUCUGGGUCAUGUGGCCAGCAUGGCUAUUAGCCAGAAAUGGACUUUGGAGACAUUCCUUGGAGGUUUUUACACAGAGGUUGGAUGAUCAUCAUGUAUGAUUUAGUUGAGAUUCCUGCAUUGCAGGGGGUUGGAAUAGAUGACCCUCAAGGCCCCUUCCAACUCUACGAUUCUAUGAUUUCAACAGAACCUCAAGUUGUUGCUGUUGUAUGUUUAGAACUGUAGAUUUCCCAUAAAGGAAAAAGGACUUAGGAAAUUUGCAUUUCAGUAUUUACAAUAUUCAGCCAGUAUGAUAUAUUCUUGAACUAUAAUAGAAUGCUCUGGUUGUCUGGCAGAUAUGGGAUUGGUGAUAUAUCAGGUCCACUCAGAAACAAAACUUCUCAUUUUAAAAAACAUUGGUGGAAUACUUAGGCCUUGUCAUGGUGACAUCAGAAGAUUGACGGAUGGGUGGCCCCACCCACUUAUCAGAGUGGUUCCCAGAGGGCAGGGUAGCUGAAAAUCCACCUUACUGGCUGGAUCCUGUUCCCCACCCUUAUUAUAAAACAUGGCAAUAAUUGGAGAAAAGUAAAGAAAACCCAGAUCACCCAAAUUUGAAAACUUAUCCGAAUACAUGUAGUAAUUUGUUUUACAGUACUUUGAAAAUAAACUUUCAUUUGGUUCUAAUGGAAAACAAGGUUUGUUGUUUAUUUUAUUGGACACAUUUUUUAUGACAGUUUAAAAAAUAUUCCCCCCCCCCAAGGUGGCUCACAAAAUGAAAAAGUGGAACAAUAAUAAAACAACAGUUUAAAAAAAUUAUACAAUAUCAAAUAAUAAUCAGUGCAUUUCAGUGCCAUAAAGCACACAGUGGAAGCCAAUACUGAGGCAACAGACUCAAUAUGUAAUUCAUCACAAUCCUAUAAAUUCAUUACAGCCUUCCAUAGUAGUUCAGAUUUUGUAUUAAUCCUGCAUAAAAUGCUGCCUUUCUGUGCUAUACUCAAUGCUGCUAUAGGAAAAAGAGCUCAGGAUAUGGGGGGGGGGGUGUCAAAAUUUUAGGUGUAAAAUAAUAAACUCACAGGAAACAAAGACUUGUUCUGAGGCCACAGCGCAGAUGGGAAAUAUUGGAAGUGUUGAAGCUGGGCAAAUCUUGCUGUCAUUAAAUACAAAUAAUAUAAUUUUACAAGUUAUGCAUGUAUUCCAUUGGUCCAUAAUUCAUUAGUGAAUCUUUCAGGCUGAAUUUCAAUCUAUCUAUUGUCCCUAAAAUCUUUUGUGUCGUGUGCAUCUUUCUGCUACAGAUUAAUCUCAGGGGUGGCACCGUUGAAUUUAGUGAAGUUAUAUCAGGUAUGAAUUUUAGCCUAUUGCAUCCAUAAAGAAUCAUCCCCAGGAGUGAAUUAUUUCUUUAUGCUUCUUCAUGAACUGUUUAUCUUGCAUAAUUUCUUGAAUCUUGUCUAUUCCACCUGCCGAAUAAUAUCCCCCUUGUUUCUGGAUGAGUAAUGCAGCUCCCCCUGCAAUGGCACGUUGGUGAGUGUUUUCUGAAGGGCCAUGAAAAUUAAAUUUUUCUUGUGCUUCCCCCACCCCACCCCCAGCUUGUAAAGUGAGAGUGCUUUAUCAGCACUUUGUCAGCCAUGUGUGACAGAUCUGCAGCAUUUGCACAGCAAUAGGUAGUAUUUCUUACAGUUGUAGUAGAGCCAGCCAAACCUCUUUUGUGACAUUGGGAGUUAGAUCUUAUUUUAAAAACAACAACAAUGCCCCAAUGUGUUGUGCAGCCAUAGAAUGCACAAUAUAGCAUCGCUUCAUACCAUUUGGAGCCUCUGUAGUCAUGAAGGGAUUGAGGCUGUUCCUUAAAGCACCUCAGUGACAGCACUUUACUUUAAGGAGAAACGCUGUCAUUGUUCUGGCCUGACCUUGACCAGAAGCCCAGAAGGCACACCAGUCCACCUGAGAGCAAUGCAAGUAAAGGCCAAAAUUCCAGCACCACGGAGAGCUCCAAGCCUCCCACAAGUCCUUAAACCUCAAUGGGUCUUUUUAUCAGUCUCAAGCCUGCUCUUUCUUGGAGCAUACAGAGUUUAAAGGGCCAGUCUCCUGGCCUGGGGCCUAGCACACCCAUCUCAUUCCCAUUAGUUCUCUCCUGGUUCAGUUCCUGUGCUCAUGAUCUGGUGACUGAAGACAUAAGAGCCCAGGUCUAGGGAUGGUCAAUUCUUUGAGGACCUCAGGGUUUGGGUCUCAGUUGAUGUGACAGGCUUUGGCUCAGACCCAGUGUUAAAGGCCUAUGCCUGAGUCUUGCUCUUCCAUUGCCUUUGUUGCCGCUACUACUAUUAUGGCUUAUCCUUCCUUGUCAAAGUCCAAGCUCUUAAGGGGACCGUGACAUCAUCAUCAUCAACAACAACAACAACAUUAUUAUUUCAUUUCAUUCAGAGACUAAGUGAAUGUUUUAUGUUUUAUUAUGGUUUUUGUAUGUGUUGGAAGCCGCCCAGAGUGGCUGAGGCAAUCCAGCCAGAUGGGUGGGGUAUAAGUAAUAAAAUUAUUACCAUUAUCAUCAUCAUCUGCAUUACCCAUCAAGUCUCACUGUGCUCAAUGGGACUUACUGCCAAAUAAGUUUGCAUAGGUCUCCCUAGAGUUGUGUUGAAUAAUUGAGAACAACUUGGUGCAACUCAUUUGUGGAUUAGUCUGUGUGGGCCCAGCACUCUGCAAAGUACAGGCAGAAGGCAUGACUGAAGUUUCACUACACAGUAUGUCCCCUCUGGGCAGUAGCAAGAAAAGGAAAUAGCUUUUAAAUGACUGCUAUUGGACAGUGUGCUAUUGUCUGUACACCUGUCAGGCUGUGAGGUCCCAGACCUGUGCCCCAUCUCAGGCACUGUCAACCAAAGGAGGAUUUGAAAUGGAGGGCCUUUCAGAAGCUGGGCUACAGUGCGAAAUCACUAACCUCUUUGUAUACAGGCUCUGCUGCAGUGUUGGGGAACUUGUGACCCACCCGCCUGAUGCUGUUGGGACUAAAACUCCCAUCAUCCCUGACCAUUGUCCAUUUGGCUGAUACUGAUGGGAGUUGCACGUUGUGAUAAUAAUUAUUUAGCAGGGUGGUGAUUGGCCCGUGUUACUGAUGAUUCCAUUUGAAAAGCGAGUCUCUUAUUUCAGGACUUAUUUAUUUAUUUAUUUGCUUGCUUGCAUUUCUGUUUAAUAAAUAGAUCCAAGGAUCACAGGGUGGUUUACAAUAUUAAAACACAAAAAUACGUAACAUAGUAACAAGCAAAACAAAAAUAAGAACAAAAACAAAUGAAGAAUUCCUCUUCCAAUACAUUUAAAAGGGUAUCGGAUGUUAAUCAGCCAAAAUUUUAAAAGGCAAGUUUGUUUAAUUAGCCAAAAGCCUGGGAAAAGAAGAAUGCUUUUGCCUGGCACUCACUUGGGUCCUGAGCUGAGUUCAGUAGUAUAUUAGUUUCCCUAGAUAUAGCCAUUCUGCUCCCUUAAGUUAUGUACUAAAGACUGAACUAACCUAUAUACUGCCCCAGGCCUUAAUGGAGGACUUCAGCAGAGAAUAAUUGCCAAGAGGCUUUAAGGCCCUUUGGUACUGCUAGAUUAAUGCAAACUGGCCUAUUCAGGCUUCUUGAGGUCUAAGCAUUUUGCUUUGCCAGAAGGGAUGACUGAAAUUCAUUUCAUACAUUGCCUUUAAUGAAAAACAGUGAGAUACAGUAAAUGCAGAUUAAUUGUGCUGCUGGUCUUUAAUUCCUCCUCAUGUUACAUUUGCAGUCAAAUGAAAGAGAAGAAGGAGACCAAAAAAUCAUUAGCCUCCAGGCAUAUUGCUGGAAGCAGUAAUCUCUUCUUAUCUGCUGAGUUAAGUGCUGGAUGAAUUCUUGUGUGGUGUUUUGAACUCUGUCUUUAUGCAUUGACUACCUGACAUGGAAUACACCUGGCCCUGAACUGACCUCCCUCCCACUUCUGGAAGUGAUCACAGCAUGAGGCAAUGUGCCUCCAGGCUAAUGAUCUUUUUUUAAUGUCUCAACUCUCAUACAUGAGCAGAAAUGACGAUUGGAAUUGCUGUCCUAAUUUGCACAAUAUAUAUUGCAAGCAAAAUUAUAUUAAAGGCGAUGCAUAAAAUUAAGUUAAUCAGCGGGUAUUUUCCAAAUUGAAGAAAUGACUGUGUAAAUAGGAAGAAGAUGCUUUAUUGGGUGUAGGUAUAUGAGGGGGUGUGGGAGAAGAGCUAGAAUUGUGUAUUAGAAGCUCUCUAUAUUUUCUUAGAAGGGGAAUGGACGUUAGCACUCUAUUUCAUUAUUGCCUAUAGUAUAAAUAUAUAGAGAGCCUGAAAUCCAGUGCCUGCUCACUUUGCAAGAGUGUUGCUGGUACUUCACCUUUGCUGUGUGGGGUCUUGCUGCCCCUGUGGUUAUUUUCUGGGGUCUGCACAUUUUGGCUGACCUUAAUAUUUGCAGAUGCCACCAGCUCUGUCCUUUUUCUAUGUCUUCUGGCGUGCCCAGAGAGCUAAAGAAAGGGAUAAAAAUCUCUCCCUAGCUUCAUGAUGUGCUUUGGAAAUGCUCAAAACUCCUCCAAAGUGUAGCAUGGAGACAGUGACCAGUUAUGUCAUUGAAUCAGGGGUAGCCAAUGUGGUGUCGUCCAGGUAUUAUUGGAUAGCAGCUCCCAUCAGCCACAGCCAAUGGACAGGAAUUAUGGGAGCUGUGAGUCCAAUGGCAUCUGGAAGGAACCAUGUUGGCUACCUCUGCUCUUUCCUGAGGUUGGUACUCAUGAAAGAUGUGGACUCUUGUCUCUGGCUUAGCAUUGCACUUAGGUAUUCUCUUUGGUGAGAAUCUGGAGCUUCAGUUGUUAGCAAUACAAUAGGGUUAGUAGCAUCAGGAAUUUGCCAUUCCAGAGAGAUUCAGAGCUUCCAAUAUCAGCACCGUGAAGAGCUCCCAGUGAGUCUAGUCUGCCUGGUGUGUUUUCCCUCCUUAGAUAACAUUAGGACCAUGUUGUGACAACAAGGAGAUGGAGCUGUCUGAGGUCAUCUUCUGCUAUAGGGCUGGAAAGGGCUUGUCUUUUCCUGAGACCCCAGGCUUGGGGUGAUGGUGACACUAGGCUUAGAGCAGGGUUGAUCUCUGACCUCCCACUGCGUCUCCCAAGUGUCAAGAGACAAGACCCCAUCCCUUUCCCAAGGUCCGGCCUCAGAGAGAAGGAAGGAAUGGUUCCAGAUCUUGAUCUCCUUUUUCAUGGUAUUACUGCCAGAAUUCCUUCAAGCCAAUGGCAGUUUUCUGCAGGCUUCUGCCCAAGUUAUCCCUCUCUUACUCCCUUCCCCUCUCCCAGCCAUAUCUUCUUAUGAUCUCUUUGUUAGGAUAUUUCCGUUCCACCUUAAAAGGGAGCAGGCUUUGUGAGUCAGAGUCUGCGUAUUUCCUGUUCACAGGAUGUUUAUGUUUUCUGUUGCUUUCGUUUUCUCUCUCGGUGUCGUAGACACUAAAGCAGGCAGUCAUGUUUUUCUGUGUUCUGAUCAACGCUGAAUAAACUUGUAAAUAAUGCUCUCCUGAUUGCAACUUUUGGCUGUGCAUUAUCUGCUGAUAGACCGUGCAUGAGCUCUGGAAUGUGGCAAGAUAUUUUCUAGAAACUCAUGUCGCUGCGUGCCUACGGGAGGUCGAUGGAUCGUCCGGCAGACGGCUUGGGGGCCUUGAUGGACUUUAUCUCCCUGGCAGUAUCCCAACACUCUUUUGACUCUCCCAGGUAUUAUCUGUGGCUUUUACCGAGUCUGCCUAGUUCCAUUGGGGUGCAGGAGGGGGAGGGCAUUCCCUACCCUGGGCAACCAUAUUCCAGUUUUACUGAGUUUGAGGGGCCCUUAUAGUUUGUUGCGUGCCAGAAGACUUGCCAACCAAGGAUUUCAAAAUGGAUGGACCUUUUUUCUUUUAAAUACAGAAUUAAAACCUUACUAAGAUCAAUAGAUGAUCUUGGCCAUGCAAAUAACUACAAAAGAAUUCCAAAGCCACAUUGUUAAAGUAUUGAAACGUAGACCACAAAUUCAAGCUUUACUUCAAAAGCAAAAUGACAUUGAACCAUCCUUUAUUCGUAUUGGCAUUGGACAUUAUUUAUUAAGCACUUAAAGUUUCCAAGGCACUGUACAAAGAUGUUAAAACACAGCCUUAUCUAACAGAUGUGAUACAAUACGGGGGAAAUGAUGGGGAAUGGGGAAAGAAGCAAAAUUCAAGCACUAAUUUUUCACAAAGUUACAUAAUAUAGCAAUGAAUUUUGUCGUCUUAAGGUUGUGGUAACUGAUGAAGGCUCUGCAGAGACAAUGAUGCAACAUACCAAUUCCCGGGGCUUUAGAUGUUACUGCUGCUGUUCCAAAUGCUGCUACUUUAGGUGACCGUGGGGGAGAACAGUACCUUGCGAGAAGUAUGCUACCUAGCAACCCAGAUGUAGCGCCAGAUGUUUUGGUUCAUAGAGUGAGCAGGACACCUUCUUACCUUGGCUAUUCCACCACUUCCAGCUCUUUCUUGCAGCAGGGAAGUCUAGUUUCAUUCUUCCAAACACAUUUAGAAAUUCUGGCUGUGUCUUUGUGCCUGUUUGCAAUAAUAAGCAUGGAGACUGGAUCUAUUUAUACUGUGCUGAAGUACCGUUAGAAGCUGUUCUGUGUACUUUUCGUCCUGAUUGGCAGUGUGCUUGGGAUGCCGGUCUGUUGUCUUUAGUCGACCUUCUUCAAACACUUUUAAAAGCAAUGUAUUUACAGCAGAACUAUGUCAAGAAGGAAAGUCCACAUAAAUACACAUAGUGGCUGCGUUUGGAUGUUUGUCCAUAUACCCAUGCAUUCCUCUUUUCCCAUCACUUGUUGUGCUCUGGCAUAGGGAUUUAGCCAGUUUUUCCUGAUGACAAACUAGAUUGUAACAGGAAACUCUGGCUUAGCCAGUAUAAAGUAUUUUAACCCCAUGCUUGCUUCCUUGGAGGAAGGAGGAGACAUACAUGUGACAAGUAUAUGAAUAAUUGUGUCUAGCUUCAAAAUAGACAUUUCAAGCUUUAAGGAAGCUUCAAGAAGUUGUGGAACUUCUGCUGAUGCAGAACACAGUGGAGAAAAGGCUAGAGCAAGGGCGUGCUGGAGAGAGAUGUGCCCCUUGCCCAUUGUGGUGAAUAUGACAGUUUUUGGCAAGAAUAGCUAGUCAUUCCACAGAGGUGAAGGCAACUGUUAUUGCCAUCCUUGUGAAUCUUAAGGUUUGAAGCAAAGCUCUCAAGUGGACUGCUGCAACAGACUUGAGCUUUUUAAGAAAGAGACCGUGUCAGUCAUGGAUCUUGCAAAUUCUUUAAACAGAUCACUGGUCAGGGGUGGGUACACAGAAGUCACAACACUUGUUUUUUUUUCCUAUUGAGGUGGUUAAUAUCACCCCCUUGGUUGCAUUCAAAACCAUAUGGAUACUUUCAUGCUAGGUGUUGAGAACAAAAGGUGUGGCCCACUGACGCCGAACAAAGCUUAUUUUGCAUUUUCCCUUGAAGCUUAGAUAAAACAUAUAGAAUGUGCCAUUGCUCUCAUUUCUGUUACCUUCAGUACAUGUACAUUUAAGAAAGGAUUAGAGUUUUCAAUGGUUGAUUUUGCAAAAUGGAUAUAGUUGAUUUCUCUUGGCUGAUGGGUUUUGCUAUUUCAGCAGUUCAAAAACAGUACAAAAAUGUGAUCUGGCGUUUUCUGCUGCAUUUAAAUUAAAGCCUGUUACUAUUGACUCUGAAUGGCUGUUAGCUAAAUGCAUUUAAUGUAGAACACAUUCUGACUUGCCCAAAGAAUGGCAUUUUCUAGUGCUGAGAAAAUGGUCCUUGAAUUAGAGAAUUAGCUCUUCAAAAAUGUAGCCAGGGGAGUAAUACCUCUUUCUGCAUAAUUGUGGGGAGGGUGCUCAUGUUAUUGUUUGAGUGAGUGACACAAAAAUAAUUGAAAAGCGCAUAAUAGAAACAAAUAAGUGGGGACUCCCUGGGAGAGGGAAAGGUUGGGGAGAGGAGGGCAAAGAGAAGGAUUCUCCUUCUCUUGCCCUUCCACUUUCUGUUCUGGAAGAGAGAUAAAAGGGAGUGGGGGUUAAGGCUGCUUAUUCUCCUUUGACCUUUCCUUUGACUCUGAAUCAUUGUGGUGGUGGUGGGGAGCUUGCACCAUGGUUUGGAACCCUUAUAAUCUAUAUAGACACUGUGGUAUACACACCCACACACCCCAUAUGCACAAAUCCCAGAAAGAGGAUGUGUGUGACAAUCGUGUUGAUAAUAAUGAUACAAUACUUAAUACUUGCAAGCUAUGCAAGUAUUGCAAGAGUGUGUAAACCCACAACAAAUGCUCUUCAAUUCUAUUGCUCUAUGAUUCUGCCCUUGAAUACGUACAAGAAUGGGCCUUCAGCCUUUGCACAUGCACACAUGUACUUUUGGGUAAUCAUGUUUAGGACUGUGCUGUAGGUGUUAAAUAAAGUAGUCAUCUCUGUUUAAAAUUCAGAAAAUUCUGAUUCAAAAUAACUGUCAAAAAGAGUAAUGCUGUCUUUUGGAUCAAGAUCCAACAUUGCACCAGAACUUCCCCUCUCUUUCCUGCCUCUUCCAGCUACCUUGUUUCCCCAAUUUGCUCUGGAGACAAAUUUUUGAGAAGAUGCAAUGGGUGGGGGGAGAGUCCCAUUUGCACAAGAGGAAAUCCGUUGUGCAAGCAGUAUGAUACGUUUCUACGUUAAAAAGAAGAAUGUAACUUAAUCUUAACUCUUUGACAAAAAGAUUUUUCUCAUUCCCUUCUUUCAGCCUUCUACAUGGAAAUGAACUGCAGCACCUUCUCCAACGGAAGCUUUUCAUCCUAGUGUAUUCUUUCCAUGUGCUCUGCUGCUUAGAACUCUUCUUUUCUACAACAGCUUGAAGUAGAAUUACCAUGGUGAAAUAUUGUGCAGCAUAUAACUGCACCAAUUCAGACACAAAGUUGAACAGGAAACAGGGAAUAACUUUUCACAGGUAAGCGUGAACAGCCUGAGCAUAGCGUAAACCCUGAUCUUUUAUUAAUUAUCAUUAUUAUUGCAGACUAUUAGGCAUUUGCCCACAGGAAUGAAUGUUUGGAGGAGGCAUAUUGUUCACAGUCUCCAAAAAUAACAUUGCAGGCUACUCCAGAUCCUGUUGCAUGUUGUGGAGAUAUUUAAUUUAGCUGGCACGCCUGUGCUUGAAAUUGCACAAGAAUGUGAUUUAUGUAAGAGCAGAAAUGUGGUAAUAAAUUUUGAAUGUCUUAUUUUGGACGACAUGUGUUAAUACCAGCAUGGAGCAGUAUUCCAUAGCGGAACAUUGUGCAGGGAUGUUUGGGAAGAACAGUUCUCAUUAGUUCACAAAAAGGAUCUGUCACCCAAAUUCACUAUCCCAUUUGUGACUCUUUCCAGCAAAAUCCAGGAGGACCUUUCAUUAAAAUAUAAUUAUUUUCUACAUACAGUAAAUGUGGGUAUGUAUUUGAAAGAUAUUAUGUUCCAGCUUUCCACUGAAUAUAGGCAAGGCAUGUCAGGCAGGCUGUAGAUUGGCAGAAGGCAGAAUAAGAUCUGUUAGUAGAUCUAUAGUUGAUUCACCGUAGAUCCUGGCUCCCAACUGUCUAACUGUAGCAAGGUCUUAAAGGUUUCCUCCCUGUUGAAAACUAAGCUGCUGAAACAAAGAAUACCUGGGAGAAAUCCAAGAGUGAAUUUUCAUUCUGGGCUGUGCAUGUGCUCAGAAAUACUCUGCUCUUCAUUCUUAAAAUGUGUCCGAAAACUAGAACUGUUUUGCAUGUGGUUCUAGUUGAUUGAUCUCAGGGUUCAGGGGUGGGGUGAGGAGAUCCUGCAAGUCUAAAAUCUGCUCACAAUUGUUCUAAGCAUUCCCCUAGAAGAACAUUUUACACCAGUGGUUUUCAACCAGUGUGCCAUGGCACCCUGAGGUGCUUUGAAUGAUAGCCAGGGUUGCCACAGGGGUAUUUUGUGCACAGCACUUGAAAAAUGAGUAGACUUACUUUGUAGAUGGGGGGCAAAUGUUCCUACUGCAUGAUUCAGGCCUUCAGCUGCCAAUUUGUUUACCCCUCUGACAGUCCUGUACAGUUCUACUUGGAAGUAAGUCUCAUUGAGUUCAGUGGUGCUUACUCCUAGGUAAGUGUGUAUAGGAUUGAAGCUUUACUACCCCAAAAGCUGGGCUGUUGAGCAUUUAGCCUGACAACCACAUGUACAUAACACUUUCUAUAUGUUUGUUCCAAAUGUGGUUGUUUAUAACAUUUCCAUAAGAAUACUUGGGUUUUAUUUGCUUAUAACAAGGUUUCCCAAGGAUAAUGCAAGAAAGCAAGAAUGGGCCAUGUCAGUACACCGAGCUGACCCUGUUAGUGGCAAACUUUGGAUGCCAUCUCAGUGGGACAUGAUUUGUUCUCAGCAUUUUAGCCAAGAGUGCUUCAGAGAAAUUAAUGGAAAGAAGUUUCUCAAGGAAGAAAGUUGUCCUUCUAUAUUUUCCUUUCCUGACACUUCUAAGGUAUGAGAUUUGUGUGAUAUUCUAAUUUUAUUAUACUGUUUCUUUGUUUCUGGUCCUCAGUUUUGGUGGACCAUUCAUUCAAGCUUCAUCUCUUGUUGCCUUCAGGUGACUAGUGAAGACAUUCCUGUUUGGCUUAGUGUUUGGUCUUAAAUUAGGGGGCUUUUUUCUGCUGCUGCUGCUGCUGCUAUGGGUUGUGCUGCUAUUCACUCCCAUUUUUAUCUAAUUAUAUUUCAUUAUUGUGAUUUUAUUUUGUCUGUGUGUGUGCUUUUAAUUGCUGCCCGCUGCUUUCUGGGGUCUUGUUCUCUAAAGGUGGGGUAGAAAAUGUUUAAAUAAGUACACCAUUCAAGCAGCAGAACUUCUGAAUGCAAUUGUUGCCACAUUUUCAAUGACUUCCUAGGAACUGUUCUUUGUUUCCUAGAAAAUACACGCUCCAAAAAGACGAAGAAAGAACUCCAAGUGGGCUGGAGCACUUGACCUCACUCUUGUCAAGGCAAAUGGCAGCAAAAAUGAAAUGUGCAGUCAGCAGAUCAUGCAAACUGUAAGCAGAAAGGCAAAAUGAAUUAUCUGUUUUGUGGAGAUUAGUUAGCUACCUUUAGUGGAUUGUUAAACUGCUGUGUAAAUUGUAAUUUACUUUUAGCUGGCUUAUUGUUGUAAUUAGUGUAUAUUCAGCAUAUUGAAGGAAAAAUUGCUAAGGUAAAUAGCCCCUGUGAAGUUAGAUUGCUGCAAAAUUCCCAUUGAUUUCAAUGCAUGUUGAUUUGCACCAAUCAGGGCUGGCCCUUCCAUGAGGCAGAGUGAUUUAGAGUGAGGGAGCUGCCUCAGGUGGCAAAUUCAGAGAGGCAGAAAGUAGCUAGAGUAUCUGUGUUUGCCCUUCAGUUCCUAAUAGGUUAGCUUUCUGCCAUAGGGUGCAUUGGAGGACUCUGUUCCAUCACCAGCGCUGAAGUAAAAUUCAACUACAAGUCUAGUGAGAUUUUGUGCACAGAAUGGUGAAUGCACCAUCUCAUCCUUCAUCUCAGGUAGCAAAAUGUCUUGGGCAGCUCCUGGAACCAAUCUCUGCAUGCGUGGAAAUUAUAGUGAGCCAAUGGUUGUGUACAGCGGAAUAUUUCAGAUAGGAUUGGACUGAAAAUGUAGUAAGCCAAAUUCCACAGAUUAUUUGUAACAGUUAUGUAAAGGACAUCCAAGUACUCUUUGUCACACCCAACCACAAAACAGAUACAGCCAUCUUUCUGGUGGCAUUUGAGGGAUAAGGAUGCACUCUUUGGAGCCAGACCCAUGCCUAGAAGCAUAAUAAUACUGGAGCUUCUAUGCAUUUGUUUGUGUUGAAAAGAAAAUUAAUGCGCUAUACAUUUCUUUUUUUCCAGAACAGGUGGAUAUAUUAUAGCAACAACAUGAUAUUUUCAUCUUUAUCAGUAUGUAAGAUUUCUGAUUUCUUCUUGCUCUAGAGAAAAAGAAGAAGAAAAGCAAGGAAAUGAAAAUCUAUCUUUAAAACGUAGCAAAGCACAAAAAAGUUACUUUUCUAUCAAUGAUUUAACCACUUUUGGUUUUUUCUGUAGACACCAGCUAGUGAUUCACAAAAAUCACUUGAGCACAAAGAGCAUAAAGUGGAUUUGAAUAGCUUUUCUUCAAAGAUAAGCCCCACUGAGGUAUAUAGUGCAAAGUAUACCCUCACAGUAAGUAUAAAAGCAGUAACUUUGUCAACAGUCCUCUUCAGAAUCUAAUGAUUGUAAAUGUUGAGUGCAGAAACAGUUGCUUCAAGGUAGGUUUUGGCCCAAUCCUGGAAUUAUGAUUCAGAUUAAAUCUUUAAGGAAGCAUGAGAUAUCAGGGCAUUCAGCACAAUAAUACGACUUUAAAUUGAACAUGUAUGUUAAACUUCAAAAUUACAUUUAUUGACUGCUUUUGAAGAAAGGGUUGGUGCUGUGAUGUUUUUACUGUUGGUGGUGUUUUUAAUGGGUCUUUUUAUAUUAUUGUAAUUACAUUAGUGUUCAAUUACAGUUUAAUUAUUUUUUCCCUAGGUUUUUAGCAUUUUCUAUUUUAUCUGUGUAAUCUGUCUUCAGUCCUUGACUAGGAAAAAGGCAGGAUAUAAAUAUAAUAAUAAUAAUAAAGUAAUCUCACAACACUAGCUGAAUUUACUGUGUGCUUGCCGAAAGAGAGACAAAUCUGUUGUCUUUCCCUUAACCAUUAAAAAAAAAUUUAAUACUCUUCAGCUGCUAGCAUAUAGCCAAUGUUUUGAAUAGAAGCUAUUCAUUACAUUCUUACUCCUGUUCCCAGGGAACAGAUGCCUGCUUUUCAUAACUUCAGCAGAACAGCUCUAAAAUUAUCUUGAUGAAUAUGACAAGCAAUUGUCUAAGUAGUCUACAUUCACAACAAUACAUGUUGUUCUUGAUAUCAAAAGUGGAUAGGUCAAAAAGAGGGAGAGAGAACAGGAGGCAAUAAUAAUGCGGGGCAGGCAGGAAGAGUUAAUUUCACAUAGAAACUAAGUAACCUCUGGAUAAAAAUGCAUAGGAUUGUGAUCUUUAUCACCCCAAAGCAUAUUGGAGCAAAAAAAGGAGGUUUAUCUGUCUCUGGAAGAAGACAAGUGAAAUAGACAGUCAGAUUGCCUGGGGAGGAAAUUCUAUAAAUUCAGGUUCACUACAGAAAAGUCACCACUGCUAUCUAAUAGUGUGUGACAUACAAGAAAGAUGGUUCUUGAAUUCAUUUGUGACUGGAAAAUUUGGUAUGCAGGUGAGGUGUUCAACAAGGUUAAAAACACUUUCCAUGAUACUUCAUGAUUUCUACAAGCAAGCAUCUCAAUGAAUUAUGAUGCACAGAAACAGUUAAGAGAACUUUUAACUGAGUUAAGAUUAAAAAAGGAUGUGUACAAAAAAUGGAAAAGGGGGGAAACCACCAAAGAGGAAUUCAAACAAAUAGCCAGCACGUGUAGACACAAAGUCAGAAAAGCUAAAGCACAGAAUGAACUCAGGCUUGCUAGAGAGGUUAAAAGCAACAAAAAAGGCUUUUAUGGGUAUGUUUGUAGCAAAAGGAAUAACAAAGAAACAGUGGGGUCACUCAGAGGAGAAGAUGGUGAAAUGCAAACAGGGGACACAGAAAGUGCUGAACUCCUCAAUGCCUUCUUUGCCUCAGUCUUCUCCAAUAAAGAAAACAAUGCCCAACCUGAAGAAUUUGGAGCAAAUGAUUCAGCAGAGGAACACAGCCCAGAAUAACUAAGGAGAUAGUACAAGAAUACUUGGCUAGUUUAGAUGUAUUCAAGUCUCCAGGGCCAGAUGAACUGCAUCCAAGAGUAUUAAAAGAACUGGCAGAUGUGAUCUCAGAACCACUGGCAGUCAUCUUUGAGAAUUCCUGGAGAACAGGCAAAGUCCCGGCAGACUGGAGAAGGGCAAAUGUUGUCCCUAUUUUCAAAAGGGGAAAAGAGAGGACCCAAAUAAUUACCGCCCAGUCAGUCUGACAUCAAUACCAGGGAAGAUUCUGGAGCAGAUCAUUAAGCAAACAGUCUGUGAGCACCUAGAAAGGAAUGCUGUGAUCACCAAUAGUCAGCAUGGAUUUCUGAAAAAUAAGUCAUGUCAGACUAACCUGAUCUCGUUGUUUGACAGAAUUACAAGCCUGGUACAUGAAGGGAACGCAGUGGAUGUAGCCUACCUUGAUUUCAACAAGGCAUUUGACAAGGUGCCCCAUGAUAUUCAUGUAAAGAAGCUGGUAAAAUGUGGUCUUGACUAUGCUACCACUCAGUGGAUUUGUAACUGGCUGACUGACCGAACCCAAAGGGUGCUCAUCAAUGGUUCCUCUUCAUCCUGGAGAAGAGUGACUAGUGGGGUGCCACAGGGUUCUGUCUUGGGCCCGGUCUUAUUCAACAUCUUUAUCAACGACUUGGAUGAUGGACUCAAGGGCAUCCUGAUCAAAUUUGCAGAUGACACCAAACUGGGAGGGUGGCUAACACCCCAGAGGACAGGAUCACACUUCAAAACGACCUUGACAGAUUAGAGAACUGGGCCAAAACAAACAAGAUGAAUUUUAACAGGGAGAAAUGUAAAGUAUUGCACUUGGGCAAAAAAAUGAGAGGCACAAAUACAAGAUGGGGACACCUGGCUUGAGAGCAGUACAUGUGAAAAGGAUCUAGGAGUCUUGGUUGACCACAAACUUGACAUGAGCCAACAGUGUGACGCGGCAGCUAAAAAGCCAAUGCAAUUCUGGGCUGCAUCAAUAGGAGUAUAGCAUCUAGAUCAAGGGAAGUAAUAGUGCCACUGUAUUCUGCUCUGGUCAGACCUCACCUGGAGUACUGUGUCCAGUUCUGGGCACCACAGUUCAAGAAGGACACUGACAAACUGGAACGUGUCCAGAGGAGGGCAACCAAAAUGGUCAAAGGCCUGGAAACGAUGCCUUAUGAGGAACGGCUAAGGGAGCUGGGCAUGUUUAGCCUGGAGAAGAGGAGGUUAAGGGGUGAUAUGAUAGCCAUGUUCAAAUAUAUAAAAGGAUGUCACAUAGAGGAGGGAGAAAGGUUGUUUUCUGCUGCUCCAGAGAAGCGGACACGGAGCAAUGGAUCCAAACUACAAGAAAGAAGAUUCCACCUAAACAUUAGGAAGAACUUCCUGACAGUAAGAGCUGUUCGACAGUGGAAUUUGCUGCCAAGGAGUGUGGUGGAGUCUCCUUCUUUGGAGGUCUUUAAGCAGAGGCUUGACAACCAUAUGUCAGGAGUACUCUGAUGGUGUUUCCUGCUUGGCAGGGGGUUGGACUCGAUGGCCCUUGUGGUCUCUUCCAACUCUAUGAUUCUAUGAUUCUAGGAUUUUAAGUUGGAUGUAGAAAAGAUCAAGUAGAUCUCUUCUUGCACAAGGGUUCUUUUUUAGUCUUCUCGCUGCCACCACUGCCUCCUCCCCACUACAGAUCCCUCCGUCAAUCACAAAAUCUACUCCUGGAUUAGAUCACUUUUAAGUAUCUGUGUGAGAUGGGGCGGGCGGGCUACUGCAAGACAGGGAAAUUGGUGGAGUUUAGCAGGGCUGCUGAACAAGGGCAAAAAUGCUUUUCCUCUUGUGCAAGACAUCUCUGGAUCGAAGGCAUUAGAUUUAGUGUGGUUAUAUAUUUUCAGAGAGUGCAUGCCUCUCUAUACCAGUUGCAGCGGAUCGUUAAGUGAGGAGAAUACUGUGGGACUUAGGCCCUACUUAUGGGCUUCCCCAUAGACAUCUCUUUGGCCACUGUGUGAAUAGAAGGGUUGGAAUAGCUGGGCCUUUGGUCUGAUCCUGCAGGGUGCUUGUGUUAUUCCACAUUACACUGCGUUGUUUUUUGUUUGUUUUUUUGUAGACAGAGCAUCAUUACCAUAUUACAGAUAGUCCAAAAACACUGAAAAGGAAGCUAGAUGAACUUUUGGAGGAGAAUGAUGAGCUGAGAAGAAGAUUAAGGAACAGACCUCCCAAAGAACAAUGA